UUCAGUGCAUCAAAAAUACUCAUAAACAACCAACCGAAACCCAAACAGAAGCACAAAUCAGUGUAAGCUUUCAGCUUUUUUAAACAAUCACAUUACGCAUAAAGCUAAACACGCACGCGCGAGGCCCAAUCAAAACAAACACGUAUUUUGCGAUGUAAACAUGAACGAGCGUAAGAUAUUACUCUUCGUACUCUCCGUUAUAUUUUAUUGCUUCUACAGUGUGCAAAUGUGGUUUACGACGACUAAUGUGAACGAAGAAAAACCCCUGAGUUCUAAUGUAAACACCGACAAGCCAGAAGUUAACGGUAAUAAGUCAAACAUUUCACAGCCGAAUGUUGUGAAGCCGAAAGUGAUACCUUUAUUCCUCAAAGACGCAUGUAGCGCUCUGGAAGUGUUCACGCAAAAACCUCAAACGGUUAAAAUAAAACGGUCCAAAUUCAAAGACAUGGAUCUUCAAAACAAUACUAUCACGGUCAUCGGGAUAACUGUGUUUCUAGUUAUAUUGGUCCUGAACGCGUUGUUCGAUGUCUUGAAAGUCAAAGAAGAAGAACGAGCUAGAAGGAGAUUGAAUCCAGAUGGAGAAAGGAGACAGUCGUUGGCUGAGUUUGCUAAUAAGAAAAUGCUGCGAAGGGAGUCAAGCAAAUUUAGUCUGCACUUAUUCCAGAUCGCAGAAUCUGAAGCGACUCCCAGUGAGGAGAAAAAGAGCCCUCGAGAAAGCAGGCCGUAUACUCGAGCAGAGUCCAUUAAUUCAUACCUCGGUGAGAAAAAUAUGACCAAAAACUCAGCCCCAGCGUCAAUUGGAGUCACUCCUGUGGAACACAAAUUAGUAAAGAGGGAGUCAGUUUCAAAGCUGAUUGAUAAUAAAUUACAAUGGCUGCCCCAAAGACCCGUGUACAAUUACCAUCACUGCGAAUUCAGAUUCUGGCGAAACCGAAGUCUGAGCACAAUACCCUAUUCCCUGUGGUACCAUAUGUUUAGAGGGCAACAGACUAGAAGCCUUAAUAUAGGAUGUUUUGGCAAUUCAAUAUGUAACGACUCAAAGUACAACGAUACACUCUUGCUACAACUGAGACAAAUUAACAAUGAAUCUAAUAGAAGAGAAAUACAUUUUCCUAGAAAGUUUGAACACAUUUUAGAUAGAAAUAUCAUUACUACACCAAGUCUUGUGGAACUAUGCAAAAGAAAAUUUUACCAAAUGCUCGAUAGUGCUUCAAAAAGAUUGACUACAUCACCAACUAUUAGUGUCUAUUCUGAUGUUAAUUAUGACGAAAAUUUGGAAAACAAUAACAAUAUCAAUAAUCUUCAAGAGCAUUUUGAAGAGUUCAAUCUGAAGAAUGGUUUGUGUUCUAAAAAGGAUAUUAACGAAGAAUACUAUGAGAAAUGCAAAGGAGAUACGAAAGUAGACAAACUGUUCAUCAAAGCUAAAAUGAAAGGAUACUGUGUUCCAUCGGACAUUGUGGAAGAACACUUUUAUUAUUUACCGAAAUUCCUUAAGGAUGAUUUAUGCAAUGGACCUAUAUCGAGAUGUGAAAAUGUGGACUGCAAAAAACCUUUAUUCGAUUUCGUCUAUUUCGAAUUUUGCUUAGAAAAAAUAAUUUUAAUUGAAAAUACCGAAGAUGUUUUAAUAAACGCCGAAUUUUGUUCCAAAUCUUGUGCUGAAAAAUGGAAAACUGGCAAAGCUCUCCUGACAUGGGAGUUCACUUUUACAAAAUAAUAUUAUGUAGAUAGAUUGGUGUCUGGCUGGUU